GGCGAUCUCUCAUGGCUCGACCAACCUCUGCAAAACCAUGAACUCCCUCAACUUUGUCUCCGCCCGCGUGUCCCCCGCCCCCGCUCCCGCCUCCUCUCGAUCCAACUCCCUCGCGUCGGUGGGCAUCGCCGUAACCUCCCAUGAGGAGCAGCCCACCUCUCACGAAGGAGACUUGCACCAGGAGGACCCGCACGCCUCCGAAUCGUACCAGUAUUACCAGGCACGCAGCCACGACCCCGAGCGGAGCGGCGCAAUUCCGGACGAACACACACCCCUCCUCCAGCACGCCGAACCCAAGGAUAUGGGUGCAAGACAGUCUGCAUGGCACUUGAUCCCCAAACGAAUUGUCAGCGCUAUCCUGAACUCGGUCCGCUGGGUGCUCUCCACGCUUGCCGCGCCAGGUUUCUACCUAAUCGCUUAUUUCUACGACGACGAGGGCAACCUUGCGCCGCUGAGGAGACUCUUCGGCGCAAAUCAAAAAGACUUCGGCAGCGCAGCCGCAGACGAGAAGCGAGAUGGCGGCGCAGCACGAGGCGAGAAGACUCUUGAUACCGGCCGCAGCACCGCCAUGACGGCGCAUCCUGUCAUUUCGUCUGGCUCGUCCUCCUCGGGUGUGUCCAGCGAGUCGGAGUCGGAGCUCGACAGGAGUGCCCGGAGCAGCAAGGGAUCAGGGCGUCGGAGCUCACGAGCAUCAAAGCCAUCACCACCGCCGGAGGAGGAGAUCAGUCCGUCCAGGAGGUCUAUACGGAUCAAGCUGCAUAAUGAAGAGGCUCUGAGGCAGCGCAAGCACAGAAAGGGCCAAUCAGGAAGCCCUCGUGGCACCACGGGAGGCAGCCAGAACCAGAAGGAUAUAUCGGCGCAACUCAAAUCGCCCACGUCUCCCGCCGGGGCUCUCACCAAGUACCCAAGAACUCCGGCGCCUCCGAGGCCGCUGAUCCCCCGACGACAACCCUCAUAUAUCAAUAUCGAGACAAACGGGCAGCCGCCCCAAAAGACUCUGAUACUAGACUUAGACGAGACCCUAAUUCACAGCAUGUCCAAGGGCGGCAGGAUGAGCACGGGACACAUGGUCGAGGUGAAACUGAACACGACAUACGUCGGGGUGGGAGGCCAAGCCAGCAUCGGGCCUCAGCAUCCUAUACUCUACUACGUGCACAAGCGACCACACUGCGAUGAUUUCUUGCGGAGGGUAUGCAAAUGGUUUAAUCUCGUCGUAUUCACGGCCUCGGUGCAGGAGUAUGCCGACCCAGUCAUCGACUGGCUUGAGUCGGAGAGAAAAUUCUUCUCAGCAAGGUACUACCGACAGCACUGCACGUUUCGUCACGGCGCGUUCAUCAAGGACCUCAGCUCCGUGGAGCCCGACCUCAGCAAGGUCAUGAUCUUGGACAACAGCCCUCUCAGCUAUAUGUUCCAUCAAGACAAUGCGAUUCCCAUACAAGGCUGGAUCAAUGAUCCAACGGACAACGACCUGCAGCAUCUAAUCCCCUUCCUGGAGGGGCUCCAGUACGUAUCAGACGUGCGAGCCCUGCUUGCGCUUCGAGGGGGCGAAGAUGGACAGCAUAUGGUCUCAUAGCGUUACUAUUUGCACCUUGUGUAUUCUUGUGUGUGUAUCCACGGCAUUAUCCUGUCGGCGCUUGAAAGAGAACAGGCCAACAGAAGAAGCAGCGACCUGCCAACCGAUAGAACAGCAUGUGAAAUCGUUCCGGGAGGGCUGUCAUCAUGUCACGUCGUGUUCUAUUCUGCAAGGGGCUGAGCCGGAAGCGAGCGCUGUUCGGACCAUUAGUGUAUUAGACACUGCAAGUCGAAGGCAGACAAGCACAACUCCUCCAGAAGGAUGCAUCUUGUUCAGAUUUGGGCCACACAAGAACAAAUAUAAGAAGAAACUGCACCCC